CCAACGCGAGCUCCUGCGAGCCGGCGAAACCCGAGCGUUCCGCAGCUUUUAUUUACGCGAGAUAUUCGUUGGUGAACUUUUUCCGGUUGCAACUUUGCGCUCAACCGCGUUGAUUGCCAUAACGCGCCGGAUUCGUACGAUCUAGUGCUUUGUACUUUUGCGUUACCUGUAAAUAAUAUAGGGUAGUUAGAGUGAACGUCUCGGAACACUACAAACUUACAAUUGUGGAUUUCCCCGAAAAUUCAAUUAAAAAUGGUGGCGAAUGAAUGUGGUAAACUGAAAAGUGUGAUGCCGUUGCUUGUUGUGAUUCUAGUUUGUUUUGGUUUUACCCUAGUUGCCGGUCAAUCGGAGAUUGAACCAGUAACCUCGACCUUCGACAUCGAGGCCGUCCAAGGUGGAGUGGCGAAAUUACCAUGCGAUAUCGAACCCUCCAUUCCCGGCGAUAAAAUGCACAUCGUCAUCUGGUUCAAAGAUGGAGAAAAUCGGAAAACACCCAUUUAUUCAUUUGAUUCAAGAGACAAAACGCUAGAACAAGGGCGACAUUGGGCCGAUGAAAGUGUCCUCGGAGGACGAGGGUACUUUCGCUAUCAGGAUAAUCCCGCUAAAUUAACUUUAGAAACUGUUAAAGAAAAUGACGGCGGAAUUUACCAUUGCAGAGUAGAUUUCAAGCAAACGCCAACUAGAAACGUCAAAGUUAAUCUUACAAUCAUAAUUCCGCCGGAAAAACUGAGCGUCUUGGACGAAAACGGAGUCCACAUUCCGGAUUACGUCUUGGGACCCUAUAAUGAAGGAUCCUCCAUCAAUAUAACAUGUGUUGCUACAGGAGGUCGACCUCCACCUAAAGUGACCUGGUGGCAAGAGAAUGCCCUUUUAGACGACUCCUAUGAAUAUCUAUCGGAAAGAAGAGUCCGCAAUAUUCUUCACAUCGAUCGAAUAGAGAGGAAGCAUUUACACACUGCAUUCACCUGCCAGGCCUCCAACAAUCAUUUGGUCGCGCCGAUUUCCAGCUCAGUGACUUUGAACAUCAACCUGCGACCAUUGUGGGUUAAGUUAAUUGGAGAAAAUAAGCCCCUCUCAGCAGAGCAGACUUACGAAUUGGGCUGUGAAGUAGUAGGAUCAAGGCCGGCUCCGAAAAUAACUUGGUGGAAAGGCAGUACACAGAUGACGGAUACGAGAGAAACGACCAGCCCUGAUCUCAAUACCACUACCAGCGUUCUCACAUUCGUUCCGACUGUCGAGGACGGGGGCAAAUACUUAUCGUGCCGCGGCCAACAGGAUCAGAUCCACGACAGUGGCAAGGAGGACGGGUGGAAACUGGAUAUUCAUCACGUUCCAUUGGUAUCUCUCGAGCUCGGAAGUACCCUCAACGGCAGUACCAUUAAAGAAGGGGUGGACGUUUAUUUCGAAUGCAACAUUAAAUCCAAUCCGUGGGUAUACAAAGUUAGUUGGCGACAUAAUGGCAAACAGCUCUACAACAAUAUUCAUACAAAUACUAUUGUUAGCAACCAGAGCUUGGUGUUGCAAUCCAUUACAAGGGCGAGAACAGGACUUUACACUUGUGUAGGACAUAAUCAGGAAGGUGACGGUGAAAGCAAUCCUGUGCAACUCGAUGUCAAAUUUCUCCCUAAUUGCCGUCCCGGCCAACCGAAGGUGUUCGGCGUUGCAAGACACGAAAUCGCUCGCAUCGUAUGCGAGUUAGAGGGCAAUCCCGAUGACAUCGAGUUCGUCUGGAAAUUCAACAAUUCAGCGGACACCUUCGACAUCCCGAGGAGCAACAUACACACGGAGAAAAGCCGCAGCGUCGCCAGUUAUCAGCCGAUGAGCGAAAUGGAUUACGGCACUCUCUUAUGCUGGGGGAAAAACGAAAUUGGCAUGCAAAAGGAGCCGUGCGUUUUCAAUAUUAAUCCCGCAGGAAAGCCGGAUCCGCUUUCCAACUGCAGCAUUGUAAAUCAAACGGAUAAUUCUCUGAACGUCGAAUGUAGCGAAGGAUUCGACGGGGGUCUGCAACAGGAAUUCGUCAUGGAAGUGUUCGAUAUGGCGACUCGCAAACUGGUAAGCAACGUUUCCUCGAGAAUUCCGACUUUCACGGUAGGAGGACUCGAAUCGGGAGUGGGUUUCGAAAUUGGAUUGUACGCGUCCAACAAAAAAGGCAGAAGCACCGUCAGUCGAUUGCAAGCGUAUACGUUGAAAUCCGCCGAAAAACAUACGGACCCACUAUACAACAUUAAACCAACACCGCCAGAAAACUGCACAAUUCGCUACCAAACACGCUAUUACCUUCAAGUGAGCUGCCAAUUGGCAAAUCACUUGGUCCAUCCAUCGAACGUUUACUUAAUGCAAGUUUACGAAGCCAACAGUCGACUUUUAGUCAGCACUGCCACCUCACAAGAUCCCGCCGAAAUAACGGUCGAUAAUUUACCAAACGUAUCCGAAGAUCUAUUGAUAUUUAUAAGAACCAUGAACGCUAGAUCCAUUACGAGCGAUGCCAAUAUUAUUUUCGUACCAGCUGUAGAUAGAUACAAGUCUGGUGCUUCCACGCCGGUUCUUCUGCAGAUCACGCCGCUGCUGGCGGCUCUCAUCGGCGUCGUGGCAGCGCUAAUUCUGAUCGCUAUUACCAUCGUCGUUGUGAUUCGGCUGCGAGGCGGCGGCGAGCAGGACGACAAAGAUUACGAUGACGGCGGGCUCGGCUCAGCAGGACGUCGAUGCGUUGCAGGAAACAGCGAUAAAGCCAGCACUGAACCCCUCAACAAGGACCUCAACGACAGCGUAGAUAGCUUAGAGGAAAAAAAUCCGGACAUUAUACCCCAAAACAACGGCGAAGAUGAAUAUCAGGACGAGGAGAGGGCCUUUGAGCGAUUGAAUAACACAACGUUGAGGGUCUACAACAGAAUGCAAAGUCCGAACACGCAAAUGAAAAAUAACGGGUCCUACGAUGCUUACGGUAACAAGAUGAGCGACGAAAUAACGUACGCUGAAUUAUCUAUCGCAAAUCAACAGAUGCCGCAGGUGAUCUACAAUCAACAGUGCAUUCCCAUGUCGGUGAUCAGGCGCCAGGAGCCCACCGUCUACGCUCAAAUAGACGUAAAGCGUAUGAUGCCGCACAACAUGCAAACGCUGGCCCCGCCGAAGCACUCUUCGUUCCAGACGUUGCACCAUCCGCACGUACAGCCCUACAUACAGAGACCAAUACGGGACGAUGGGUCUAUUAGUUCCGAAACGCCGUUGUUGAAUCCCAGAGACACGGGGGCUCUACAAUCAUUGCUGGAUGUUAACAAUUCCAGAACGCCCACCGUUACAUCGACUUUGCCACGAACUGUGACAGCGACUCGAUUUUGACCUAGUUAAUUGAAGGAUUUAGAAGAACUGGUAUAUUUGUAAGGACUUUUAAUUGUUGAUACGACUUAAUAGGUGUUACCGUCUUAUAUAGUAAGUGUUUCUUGUCGAAUGUUUUUAUGAUAAAUGUUUUUAUUGUUCCGUUUUAUUUAGACGAAAAAAAUCGACGUUGAUCCAGGAGGUCUAUACACAAUCCUAAUCACAAUUUAAAAAUUACACUGAUUAGUUUCUAUUUGCAGCGCUCUUUAGUACACCGAUUUUUUAACUUUCAAAUAAAAUCCUAAUAGAUAAAAGUAACAUUAGAUAAUUAGAAUGUGUAUAUUAGUUAAAACUGAUACAACAUAAAUUAAAAUAGCAUAGUAGAAUCUUUUACCUAAAAGGCACUUUAUUUGAAGAUGUAAGAUUUCUUAAAGACAAAUUGAUCUAGUCACUGUGUUUUCAUAUUGAAACACUUGCAACCUCUUGUGUAGGCUUCUGGAUUCUCGGCGAAUUAAUGUUUAUGUGCAAUUCGUUUGAUACCUGUACGAAAUAGUAGUUUUUUCUUACUAAAUUUUAUUAGGAGUAUUUUAUAAAUUACUGUUAAUAUUUUUUUAGUUUAUAUUUUAUAGAGUGUACAAUUUCAAGCUAAAGACAAUUAUGCGGCUGCCGAGAGCGGCGGACCCAAUCCGAAUUUUGUGCAAUGUGUUCAAAAUUUGGUUGAUUAUUUUGUAUUUGAAAUGUUUAAUGAAUGUUAGAAGGUUUUAUACGAAUUUUGGACACAUUAUUCUUGCGUAUCUAUCGACACUGAAUGCGCGUGGGAAACCGAAAUAAACCUCUUGAUAUAGUGGUGAAUUAUGUAGAAUUAUAUUAUUUUGGGUUUCACCUAUACGCCCUGUUUGCUCGAUUUUUAUGCAAGACACCCCGUGUAUGUCCUUUUUGUAUAUAGGAAAAAAUACCGAUGUUUUUAUAACUCUGACAUAAUUCAAUUAAUAUUUAACCCGUCGUGAAAAAGUUCGUUGUUAAAUUGUGUUAUAAAAUUCCUUUUUUUUACAACACUAAAAUAGUUUAUUUUCAUGUAGAUUUUUUUGUACUUAAAAAACUUGGGUUAAUAUUAAGAAAGUUGACGUUAUUUACAUGUUCGUAUUAUUUCAGAGAGUUGUCUUGAAUUAAUAUUUUACAGUUUCUUUGACGAUCUAUAUAAAACACUAAGUCAUAACUAAAAGAUAUGAUAUAAAAUAAAAUCUAAGGAUUAUAAAAAAUCUAAAUGUUGGAUGUCCGUCCAAUGUUUUUUUAUACUUUGGAAAAUGUAAAAAGUAUAAAUGCAUGUGAUUAAUCUGAAUGUAUUUUCUGGGAUUUAAUAUUUGAGUAAACGUAUUCAUUAAUGUGCGCCUAACUAAAGCUACCCCAUGAAGAUCCUUUCAGGUGUGUGUAGGUAUAAGUAAAUGUAAAUAUUUGUACUGAUUAUGAUACAUUCCUUUUUAGCGUAUUUUUUGUACAUUAUUUUUAAAAAUUUGUUGGUUAGUUUUCUCACCUGUUGAUAACAUUUUUCCUCUCAAGUUUAUAAAAAACGAUUAUUAAUGACAAUUUAAGAAGUAUUCUUUAAUCAUCUCGUUAAUUUUUUUUUUAAUUUUUCAAAUGUAACUCGUUAAUAAUUUAUAAGCAGUGCAUUAACUUCUUUAAAAUGUGUUUAAAUCUAUAAAAUUAAAAUAUAUUUUUAAUAAUUGUUCCAAAUCUAUUAAAGUUUUAAUUCAAAUUAAUAUAAACUUAAUAAAAAUUCAUUUCAGUUUGCUAUAAUCUCUAACUGUAAAUAUGUACAUAAUAUGCUCAAAGUGAAAUUCAUUUUCUUCUGUGUUCACUUGGUUGAAAUAAAUGGCCAAAAUUUUUAUUGUUAUUGUUUAUAAUGUCUAUUAACUUGACAAUAAGGAUGUAAUUUUUAGCUUUUCUGAAUUCGCAAUCUUUUAAACGAGAUGAAAUUAAAAAAAUUUAAAGUGGCCUUGUCUAUCAAACAUAGGUAAUUUAUUUGUGUAAUGUUACGAUGCCAUAGGUUUUUGUAUAUAAUAUGUGUUGUAUUAUCAUGUAUGUAAUUAUUCCCAAAUUAUCAAAAAUAAAG